AUUCUUUAAAUCUUUGGUCGAGAAAAGGGGAAACUGCUGACCUGGCAGAUUCCCAUUUGCAAAUGGAAUACUGACAUGUUGGUGGAAGAAUAAUUUAGGAGCGGAUGAAGAGGAAACAGAGGAACUGCAUCGAAUAAAUGGCCUGCGUAAUUUAACAUUCCAUAAAUUUCUUUUAAUGGCGGCGGCAGUAGCAUCAUCAUCUCAGAUCUCAUGGCUGCUCGCCUGGAAUUCUCCCGUAAACCGAUUAAUCGCGCACAAUUAUUCCAACAUAAAUUCCUCACUUCGAUUUACACAGUAUCACAAGAAGCCAAAGCAGGCCAUAGUUAAUUACCAAAAAAAAUAUUCUGGUCUUGUAAAGCAGAGAGGAAUUCAUGUGAAUAGAAUCAAAGCUUCCGCCGACUCAGACUUCACGGGCGCCAACUCCCUCCCGCAGAAUGUGGGACGAGCAGUGCAUUUGGUCGUGUCAUUGGGGUCAAUGUUGGCGAUGGACAAGGUGUUAAAGAAGGGCUUUGAAGCUGCGGCAAUCAAGUUUCCGAGCGCCCUGUUUGGAAUGUUCUGCAUAUUUUCCGUGUUGACUGUGGUGGAUUUGGUGAGACCCGCAGCGGCGAUGGCUUUGGUGGAUCUUUUUGAGCCCGCCACGACCUUUAUACAGAGAUGGCUGCCGCUCUUCUACGUGCCUUCUCUCGUCGUUUUGCCGCUCGCUGCAAAGGGCAUUCCUGCUUCUUCCGCCGCAAAGAUUGGCGUUAUCAUCGUUGGUGGCUGGGUGGCAUCCCUCUGUGUUGCUGGUUAUACAGCCAUUACUGUGAGAAGGAUGGUGAAAACGAAGAUGAUUCCUGCAGAACCAAUGCCAAAGCCUUCCCCGUUUUCAAGGAAUGAGAUAUGGUUUUGGACUACUAUUUUCGUCCUCUCUUUCACUUUGGCUGUCCUUUCACCCUUGGCUUUUGGAACACGUGCUAGCACAUGUCUUCCAUUCCUCCUAGCAGCAACUGUAUUAGGAUAUAUCGUUGGUUCAGGAUUUUCAUCAAGUGCCAAGAAGCUGUUGCAUCCAAUUAUUACUUGUGCCCUAUCUGCAGAUUUGGCAGUGUUUGCUUUUGGAGCUAUUACAGGUUCAGGCUUUGAAUCCACUUUAGGAUUAUAUUUGACUAAAAAUUCAUCAAAUCCUGGUGCUGGUGAUAUAUUCAUGGGAUUUCUAGGAUCUGUGAUUCUCUCAUUUGCUUUCUCAAUGUUUCGGCAAAGAAAGCUUGUCAAGCGACAUGCCUCGGAGAUCUUCACAGCAGUGGUGGCUUCAACUGUUUUUUCCCUUUAUUCAACAGCAGUUGUAGGGCGCAUGAUUGGGUUGGAACCAGCCUUAACUGUUUCCAUUUUACCAAGGUGUAUCACUGUUGCACUAGCACUUAACAUUGUCAGUCUUUUUGAAGCUACAAAUCCUUCCCUUACAGCAGCUGUUGUGGUGCUAACGGGAUUGAUUGGAGCAAAUUUUGUGCAAACAUUGCUUGACAAGCUGGGUCUUGAUGAUCCUAUUGCACGGGGAAUGGCUACAGCUUCCAGUGCUCAUGGAUUGGGAACAGCUGCACUGUCAGCAAAAGAGCCAGAAGCCCUUCCAUUUUGUGCUAUUGCCUACGCAUUAACUGGCAUAUUUGGGUCGUUAUUGUGUUCCAUUCCAGCAGUGCGCCAAAGUUUACUGUUUGUUGUAGGCUGAGACUGAAAACACCUGCAAGCUUUGAUUGGCAUUAUGCAAUAUGUACAUAUACAAUAUAAUUCAUCUCCAAUCUUCAAUGUAAAUUAUGGAAACAUGUUGGCACAUCUGCAGAAGACAGAUGGUUCUGUAUCAAGACACCAUUCAUUUUCAUAAUUUUAUUCAAUCAUUUUCUCUA